AUGAUGGUGACCUCAUCAAGGAGACCUAGUACCAGAAAGACCACUUCUUUAUUUAGCAGCCAGAGGCAACAAUCACAAGCUUACGAGCAAAGUUCUGGUGCAUCUGAUCUAGAGUCUGACGAAUUUAUGGAAGAAGAGGCAAUAGCUAAACGCGGUGAUUCUUAUCAAAGUGAGGAUGAAGAGAUUGAUGCGGAACUCGAUGAAAUGAUGGAAGACGACGAUGACGAGUAUAUUGAAAUUGAAUCGAGAUUAGAGGAAGGAGAGGAGGAAAUUGAACAAGCCGAGGAAGAGGAUGCUGAACAAGCUGAAGAACCUGAGGAAGAAAAUGAACAAGAGAAUAGUUAUGAGAGCAGAGCACCUACUACCAGACGAACAAGGGGAAAUAGAGGUAUUCCACGACGUGCACCUCAAAAACAAAAGCGGCCUAUGAGGCAACAGAAAGUACCAACUCAACAUCAAACUAGUAAUUCAAGAAAGAACAUGGCGGAAUCAUCAUCAUCAUCUCACGAUGCUCGUAUUCUUACCAAACGACAAAGGGCUAAACUGGACGACAAUUAUGGGUCAGACUUGCUUCAACUUCCAAUGGAACCAAUGAAAAAAAAGCAACUCACUGAGGAGGAAAUGCUCUUAAAAAAGUCUGAAAUAGCACGAAGAAGAAAGCAUCAGAGCAUUCAACGUGCUGAGCAAGAUAAGAUGGAUACAAUUAAUCGUCUUUUAAAAAAACAAGCAUCUAAAAAACGAUCAAAAGAUCAGGAUGAAACUGAUAGUAUUAGCAAAGAUGAUAGUAGUACGAAUUCACAAACACCAAUUGCAUUUCAUUAUGUUUCCAACAAGGAUGGAUGUACCCUAUCAAUUCCAUCUGACGUUGAGAUACCAAUUAAAUUUUCAAAAGGACCAAAUUAUCCACCGCCCGUUCCUAUAUGUUCAGUAUCUGGUUGUACGCGUCCUAAGAAGUAUCGUUGU